AUGCCCAUACCCUCCCAUGCUGAUGCCAAUGCCAAUGCCGGUGCUGCUGCGAGCCGGCGAGGGGAAAAUCCCUACAGCCACCCACUCCGUCCAUGCCAUCCAUCCAGGGCCCCCGCUGCUUUAGCGAGCCCAUCUCAACACGACCAAGGCCUUUUUGACGCUGCCGACUUGUCCAUUUCAUGCAGCAGCAGCAGCACCACCACCACCACCACCACCCACGGCCCUGCCUGCUCCGCUGCCCACCAACCACAGCCGGCGACAAGGAAAAAAAAGGGGACAAAGGAAAAAAAGGUUUGCUGGCCGUCACAGCCACAGGAAGCACGGCGGGUACAGGGGCGUUGGUUGGCCUUGGGCGCCCGUCCGAGUCGAGAUGGAAGAGAACAGCGACAAGAGAACAGCGGCUGGGCCAACAGGCCGACGACAUCACAUCGCAUCGUGCUGCAUCGCCAAUCGCUUCGCAGCCAUCCAUGUCCGCCGCCGCCGCCUGUUCUCCUGCCUCGUCAUGGCUCUCAGACGCCCCGGCGCCGCCCUCGUGGUGCAGCUCCACUCCAUGGCCAGCUGAUGUUCUCUUGCGCCCUGAUCCUAGCGCCCCUCGUCUACAGCCGAAUGCCCGGGCCUCCCAGAGCCCUGGCGUCGCCAGGCGCUGCAUACUACGCCUGCCACCCUCUGCUCUCCUCCUCCCAAUCCUCUCAUGCCUCGCAUGCCUCUACUGCCUCUCCCAUGUUCCCCACUGCCGCUCUGCGCAUUGCAAUCCUCCCACCAUGCCCUCUCGGGCCACAGCCAAGCGCUGCUCCGCCCUCUGUGCACGCUGCCCCCCUUGGCCGGCUGCCUGCACCGCCUGCUCGCAUUCCUGUUCCUGCUGCUCGUGCUGCUGCUGCUGCUCAUGCUCAUACGUAG